AUGGAGACCUGGAGCUUUCUCAGCAUUGUCUGCAGGGGUCGGCAGCUGGCCGGCGGCAAACUGCACUUGGCGCUCCUUCUGUCUAUGCUGGUGGGUACGGGUGAAGGCUCGUCCGGCACGAGGCUGCUCCUGGGGCUCCACGCCCCCCGAAAUAAGUCGUAUCCCUUCAGCGCUCUCAGGCUGGGCUCGGCCAUCCAGAUAGCUCUGGAUAAGAUCAACUCCAACAACAACUUCCUCGGUAACCACACCAUGGACUUUGUGUACGCCGACACUGAAUGCGACGCCAAGUCUUCCCUCGCCACCUUUAUCGAACAGGUGUUCAGGGAGAACAUCUCGGCUCUCUUCGGUCCGGUCUGCCCUGAAGCAGCUGAGGUUACUGGUCUGAUGGCUUCCAAAUGGAACAUCCCAAUGUUCGGCUUUGCGGCAACAACACCGAAGCUGGAAAACAUUGCUGUUUAUGACACCUAUGUAAAAGUCAUUCCCCCCGUCAAGAGAAUAGGAGAGGUGAUGAUUAAAUUACUGGACUUUUUUGGGUGGAAAUACGUUGCCAUGAUUGGAGGAGGUACCUCUUUUAACACAUGGGACAACAUCGAUGAGGCCUGGAGGAUUUUGGAAGCCCAGCUCAAGAUUAGGUUCACAUUGACUGCCAGCAUCAAAGUUGACGCCAGCAAACCUGAUCUCGUCCAUAAGACCAUGAAGCAUGUCGCAAAAUCGGCGAGAAUCAUCAUCGUUAUUUCGAAUUCUAUGGAUGCCGUCACGCUGAUGUUGGAGGCUGAGAAACAGCACCUACUGGAUGGAGAGUAUGUGUUUUUCAUUGUUCAGCAAUUUGAGGAUAAUUUCUUCAGGCAUACACUAAGUAAUAAGGGCAAUCGGACCACCCAGAGAACCUUCAGUCAAUCAAUAUUUGUGGUUGCCCAGAAAGUCUAUGAUGGGUACGAAUACUACGACUUCAACGAGAAAGUGUUUGAAAGACUGAACAAGGCCCCAUUCUAUGGCAACCUGUCAUCAGAGAAAGAGGUCAGCCCCUACGCAGCCUACCUUCAUGACGCUGUACUCCUUUAUGCCAUGGGCCUCCAAGAAGUUGUGAAAGCCGGACAGAGUGUACAAAGUCGACCACAUCUGCUGCAAAAGCUAAAAGACAAGAGCAGCAUCAGAUUCUAUGGAGCGACGGGGCUGGUGCACUUUGAUGUAGAUGGAGAGAGGAACGUCGACUACUCCGUGUUUAAACUCCAGACCACUGAGGGCGACCCCAAACUUGUCUCUGUGCUGACAUUUGAUAGCCACAGUAAAACAGUGAGGCCUACAUCAAUGUAUCAAUUAUUGGCCUGGCCAAAAGGGAAACCCCCAACGGACAAACCAAACUGCGGAUUUAACAAUGAGCUCUGUGAAUGGCUCUUCCAGGAUGUGACUUUUGUUGUCCUGUUGGUGGCGCUGCCCCUACUGAUCAUGUCCGCCUUCGCCUUCAUCACCUUCCUCACCUGUCAGAAGCUUCGGCUGCAGGACCGACUCGAUGACGCCAACUGGUGGCGAAUAAACUACGCUGACAUUGUCAUCAUGAAACAACCAAAGGGAACACACAUGUCUCAUAGCACAGGUGGCAGUACCUACCGUAGUCAAAGCAGUGGCUCCCAAACUAUUGCUUCCAGCACCAGCUAUGGUUUCAAGGACAACACAGGGCGCGAACAGGUCUACUCCACCAUUGGCAUCUAUCAGGGAAAUCAUGUUUCCAUUAAAUACAUUGAACGACAGGUUAUCAGUGACAUCAAGAAACCAACGAUUCUUCAAGAAUUUCAAACGAUGCGAGAGCUGAAGCAUGAGAAUUUAGUGCAAUUUUUUGGGGUUUGCAUCGAACCGCCAAAUAUUUGCGUGGUCACGCAGUACUGCAAGAGAGGAAGUUUAAAGGAUGUAAUACGGAACUCUGACAUCGACCUGGACUGGAUGUUCAAACUGUCUUUUGCUUUUGACAUCGUCAACGGCAUGGAGUUUCUUCACAAUAGCAGACUGAAGUCCCAUGGCAAUCUGAAGCCAACCACAUGCCUGGUGGACAGUCGGAUGCAGGUCAAGAUCUCUGGAUUUGGCCUGUGGGAAUUCCGUUAUGGAACCAAACACAAAGUAUUUGAUCUCGAAAAUCCAAAAUAUGAUGAGAUGUUCUGGACUGCCCCGGAGUUAUUGAGGCAAACCUUUUUCUCCUUAAACGGUUCUCCCAAGGCCGACGUCUUCAGCUUUGGCAUUUUGAUGCGUGAGCUCAUUUACAACUGUGAAAUUGGUCCAUACCAUGAUGUUGAUAUGGAACCCAAAGAGAUCAUCGAGCGGAUCAGGAACCCCGCCCUGGGGGAGCCCCUCCGGCCCUCCAUCUCCACCCAGGUGUGUAACGAGGGCCUCAUCAGCCUGCUGAGAGACUGCUGGUCCGAGAACCCUGACUACAGACCGCCCUUCAACACCAUCAAGCGCCGCCUCCGCGAGGCCUGCCCGGACAGUCAUGUUAAUAUACUUGACAACAUGGUAAACAAGUUGGAGAAAUACGCAAAUCACUUGGAGGAAGUGGUGGAGGAACGAACCAAUCAGCUGACAGUGGAAAAAAACAGGGCAGACAGGCUUCUCUCCAGUAUGUUGCCAUGCUACAUCGCGGAGCAGCUGAUGGCUGGGAAGUGUGUGGAGCCCAAGGGAUACGAGCUGGUGACCAUCUUCUUCUCUGACAUCGUGGGAUUUACCACCAUGUGCAGCAUAAGCUCUGCCCUGGAGGUGGUCACUCUCCUCAAUGACCUCUACAGCCUGUUUGACGAGAUCAUCAAGCUCUACGAUGUCUACAAGGUGGAGACCAUCGGUGAUGCCUAUAUGGUCGCUAGCGGCCUGCCUAUAAGCAAUGGCCUCAAGCAUGCAGAGGAAAUCGCUACCAUGGCGCUGCAUUUCCUCUACGCCAUCUCCAUCUUCCAGAUCCAGCACUUACCAAACGAGAGGCUGAAGCUUCGCAUCGGAAUAAAUUCAGGCCCGGUCGUUGCUGGAGUGGUGGGCACCACCAUGCCCAGGUACUGCCUUUUCGGCGACACUGUGAACACGGCGUCCAGGAUGGAGAGCAACAGCCUGCCUUUGAAGAUCCAUAUAUCCCAGAGCACUGCAGAUAUUCUGAACCAGAUUGGCUCUUUUGAAAUGGAAGAGAGAGGGGAUAUCGAAAUAAAGGGAAAAGGGGUCCAAAAGACCUUCUGGCUGAAGAGUAAAGUAGGAUUUAAGCCUUCUCCACUGGAACCCAGCUCACCUGUUCAUGCUCCUCUCCUUCCCAAAGUAGAGGAGAAGAAAAGGCUUGCGGCUGUCACUCCAGCCAAUGCAACCGACAGAGAGCAUGGUAAGGGACUGAGGAUGUCCACAGCCGCGGUCAAUGAGAUGAGGCGCCCUCCGAUGAUACUAUAG